UUCUCGGGAACGCUGCCACAAUCGAGAGAGACGAAGAAAGAGCGAGGGAGCAGAGAGGGAAGGAAAAGCCAUGCCUGCAGUGGAGAGACUUGGCAGGGCUUCCCUUCCUUUGUCUGUCUGGCUCAGGGCUGCAGUGCCAGAGGAAAUCAAGAAAUGUCCAGGCGUGGUGGUGGUGGCAGCGGUGGUGGAUGGGGACAAGCUCUGCCUCGGCUCCGAAAAGACGAUAGAGAAAAAGUACUUUCAAACGUCUGAAAACUCAGCUUCUGAAAGAGCUAUGGAAACCAAAAAAACAAACAAUCGAUUUUCUCUUUUUGAACGAUAUUCCGCAUUGGAGCCGUUGGACCCGACGUGGUUUCGGAGACAAUGUGUAACUCAACCACAAUUUCCGAUAAGUCUACAUGUAGCUUUAAUGGCAAUAAAGUAGUAGAAUUUGUAUGUUUUUGAAAAGCCAAACAAGGACGGACUUCAAAGAGUCUACAAGUAACCAGAGGAAGGCCAACUUCUCGCCAAGCAAGAGCCAAACACGAUGUGAACGGCAACAGGACAGUUCCACCUUUCCCAGAGGGGACAGAGAUGGCCAUAUUUGGUAUGGGCUGUUUCUGGGGAGCUGAGAGGAGGUUUUGGAGACAAAAAGGGGUUUAUUCCACCCAAGUGGGCUACGCGGGAGGAUACACACCUAACCCCACCUACAAGGAAGUCUGCACAGGUCGGACAGGCCACUCAGAGGUGGUGAGAGUUGUCUUCCAUCCAGAGCAGAUCAGCUUUGCCAACCUACUCAAAGUUUUCUGGGAAAGCCAUGACCCAACUCAAGGGAUGCGACAGGGGAAUGAUAUUGGGACACCAUACCGCUCUGCCAUCUACACCUACACAAAGCAGCAUUUCGAGGAAGCCUUGGCUUCCAAAGAUCAAUACCAGAAGGUACUAACAGAGGAAGGUUUUGGUUCGAUUACAACAGAAAUAGCGGAAAACAAGCCAUUCUACUAUGCUGAGGAUUAUCACCAGCAGUACCUGAGUAAAAACCCUGAUGGAUACUGUGGUCUGGGAGGGACAGGAGUCUCCUGUCCAAUAGGAAUCAAGACGAAGACAUAGCUAGCCAAUGACCAAGAACCAUCUCCAAUCUGUUCAGUAAGGAUGCAACGAUGAAGUGCUUUUUAAGAUUUAAAAUGCAUAUACCAAAUACAAAAAGAUUAAAGAAUCUGACUUUUUAAAAUCUUUUAUUGAUGAAUCCAAGUGCUCCAUUUCUGAAAAGAAUCUAGCUAUGAUUGUCAAAAGCUGUAGCUCAGUUUGUGCUGAAAGAAAAACACUCAGUGCAGAUUUGUGCCUGAUGUAACUCACAACAUAAACUGCAGACAAGAGGCUGACAAAGACUGUCAGUCUUCUCAGCUAUUUGCUAAUAAUAAAUGUAUGUAUCUUAUAUGUACUGCAAAAGUGAUACAACACGUCAACACGUGAAAGACAAAAUAUACUCCUUAACAUUGCAAUACAAUUUCAUAUGUUAGAUAUAUGAAAGUGUGUGUCAUUUAAUGCAAACCUGUAAGAGGGUUACAUAGAAUGACCAGAAUUUGUUUAUCCACAUUUCAUAGAUUUGUUUUGAAUAACAACUGCAGAUAAAAAGUACGUCUGUAGAGGAAUAAAACAUAAUAAAAUCUUCUGAAAUC